AUGGCGACCCCCUAUCCCGGCAGUGGCGGCGGGGCCGAGGUCACGUGCGGGGGCGGCCGUGGCGCCGGCGUCCCGUGGGACUUUCUACCUGGGCUGAUGGUCAAGGCCCCAGCUGGACCGUGCCUGCAGGCGCAGCGCAAGGAGAAGUCCCGUAACGCCGCGCGCUCACGGCGCGGGAAGGAAAACCUGGAGUUCUUCGAGCUGGCCAGGUUGCUCCCGUUGCCCGGCGCCAUCUCCAGCCAGCUGGACAAGGCGUCCAUCGUGCGUCUCAGCGUCACCUACCUCCGCCUGCGCCGCUUCGCCGCGCUGGGGGCGCCGCCCUGGGGGCUGCAGGCCGUGGGGCCGCCGGCCAGCCUGGCCCCAGGCCGCCGGGGCCCCGUGGCGCUGGUCUCCGAAGUCUUCGAGCAGCACCUCGGGGGACACAUCUUGCAGUCCCUGGACGGCUUCGUGUUCGCCUUGAACCAGGAUGGAAAAUUCCUGUACAUCUCAGAGACAGUCUCCAUCUACCUGGGUCUCUCACAGGUGGAGCUGACGGGCAGCAGUGUCUUCGACUACAUCCACCCCGGCGACCACUCGGAGGUGCUGGAGCAGCUGGGGCUGCGCGCCCGGACCCCCGGGCCCCCCACCCCGCCCUCCGUCUCCUCGUCUUCCUCCUCGUCGUCCUCGUCUUCCUCCUCGCUGGCCGAUACGCCCGACAUUGAGGCCAGCCCCACGGAGGCGCCCCGCUCCUCCCGGGCCCAGGAGCGCUCCUUCUUCGUCCGCAUGAAGUCCACUCUCACCAAGAGAGGGCUGCACGUCAAGGCCUCCGGGUACAAGGUCAUCCACGUGACUGGGCGCCUGCGGGCCCGCGCCCUGGGCCUCGUGGCCCUCGGCCACACGUUGCCCCCGGCCCCGCUGCCCGAGCUCCCCCUGCACGGACACAUGGUCGUCUUCCGCCUCAGCCUGGGCCUCACCAUCCUUGCUUGUGAGAGCAGAGUCAGUGACCACAUGGACCUCGGGCCCGCAGAGCUGGUGGGCCGCAGCUGCUAUCAGUUCGUCCACGGCCAGGACGUGACCAGGAUCCGUCAGAGCCACCUGGACCUGCUGGACAAGGGCCAGGUGGUGACCGGUUACUACCGUUGGCUGCAGCGCGCCGGGGGCUUCGUGUGGCUGCAGUCAGUGGCCACGGUGGCCGGGAGCGGGAAGAGCCCCGGGGAGCACCACGUGCUGUGGGUCAGCCACGUGCUCAGCCAAGCCGAGGAUGACCAAACACCCCUGGACGCCUUCCAGCUUCCGGCCACCCACAAGGGCGCGCCCAGCCCGGGGCCAGAGCCCACAGGGCCGGAGCCGCCAGGGGAAGAGAAGCAGCCUGAGCCCCGAGCCAAGGACGAGGCCCCCCAGUCCCAGCGCAAACGCGUCAAGGAGGAGGCCAGCCCCAGGGAGGCGGCCGGCUCAGAGGGCAGUGGGGAGGAGGAGCCGCCGGGCAGCCCAGCCCCGCCGCGCCCCGAGUUCACGUCAGUCAUCCGCGCGGGGGCUCUGAGGCAGGUGCCUGUGCGGCCCUGGGGCCUGGCGCCCCCGGAGGACCCCCCACCUUCGCUCCUGCACGCCAGCUUCCUGCCGCCGCCGGUGAUGCGGGGCCUGUGCGCGCCCGGCGCCAUCCGCUACGGCCCCGCGGAGCUGGGCCUGGUGUACCCGCACCUGCAGAGGCUGGGCCCCGGCGCCCCCCUCCCCGAGGCCUUCUACCCCACCCUGGGCCUGCCCUACCCCGGGCCUGCCGGCACCAGGGCGCAGCGGAAGGGGGACUGA